AGUAUUAGCGCAUCCUAUACGUCCAAGUAUUUAAUAAAAUAAUAAUUCAGUGCACGUAAGCUUUAUGUUAAAAGGAACUUAUGAAUUUUUAAUACAUUAUUAGAAGGUUGAAAUAUUAAUUACCAAAUACCCAAUAAAUAUAUAUGAUCCGUAGGUGCAAACCAUAUGCCAUAAAUGUAUAAUCCACCGGAAAUGCAAACUUCCCAACGUUUUGAAGCCAUAUUCUUCAUCGUCCACAAUUUCUCUUAUAAAACUUGGUUAAUUGUUUUCUCCUUGAGCUUCAAAAAUGGAGUUGAAGGUAGAGAACCCCAUGUGUAAAAAAGUUCGUAAUGUUGGUGAAAAUUUUGCCGGAGAAACUUACGGCGACACAGUAUGUGCUGACGUGGCCGGCACCGGAGAAGAUGCAGAGAGUGCGAGCACGGCCGGGAAUUAUGGACCGUGCGGGCGGUCGGGGUCGUUCCAGACGGUGGAGAUGGACGGCGUUCAGUUCCACGGCACGGCGGAGGAAAGGCUAGCUUGGCUGCGGUCUCAGAUUAUCGGUGGGGAUGCAAAGUUUGAUUCUCCCUUUGGAGAAAGACGACUGUGUUAUGCUGAUCAUACGGCUUCUGGUCGUUCUCUUCGUUACAUUGAAGAUUUCAUCCUCACAAAAGUUCUUCCUUUUUAUGGCAACACGCACACCUGUGACAGCUACGUUGGCCACCACACAACAAAGCUGGUGAACGAAGCCACCAUGUUCAUCAAGAAGAGCUUGGGAGGUGGAGAAGAAGAAGCACUUCUCUUCUGCGGGGCAGGCACCACUGCCGCCAUUAAAAGACUUCAAGAAGUGAUGGCCAUUGCAGUGCCUUCCACUCUGAGAGAGAGAGUAAUAGAAACCCUGAAGGAAGAUGAGAGAUGGGUUGUUUUUGUUGGGCCUUAUGAGCACCACUCCAACCUCCUCUCAUGGCGGCAGAGUUUGGCAGAAGUUGUAGAGAUUGGCAUGGAUAAGAAUGGGCUUUUAGACAUUCAGAUGCUGAAAUCCCAACUUGAGGCUUAUAAGAAAGCUGGAAAUAGGCCAAUUCUGGGCUCUUUCUCAGCUUGUAGUAAUGUAACAGGAAUUUAUUCAGAUACAAGAGCUAUUGCCACGCUUCUCCAUCAAUAUGGUGGCCAUAUUUGCUUUGAUUUUGCUGCGAGUGGUCCUUAUGUGCAAAUUGAUAUGAGAUCAGGGGAAAUUGACGGCUAUGAUGCUAUUUUCCUAAGUCCACAUAAGUUUCUAGGUGGGCCCGGAUCACCUGGAGUUCUUCUGAUGAACAAAAGUCUCUAUAAGCUGAAAUCUUCUCCUCCAUCGACUUGUGGGGGUGGCACUGUGAGCUAUGUUAAUGGCUUCAGCGAAAAGGAUACACUAUAUUAUGAAGACAUAGAAGAGAGGGAAAAUGGUGGAACACCACAGAUUAUAGGAAUAAUAAGAGCAGCUUUGGCUUUUUGGGUAAAAGAAUACAUCAGUUACCAAGUGAUAGAGAAGGAAGAGCACCACUAUGUAGAAAGGGCAUUGAAGAGACUUCUCCCAAACAAAAACAUCUGUAUUUUAGGGAAUACGUCUUCAAAGCGACAAGCCAUAUUGUCUUUUGUCAUCUACUCUUCGACGAAUUCAUCGCCCAACUGUGUCACAGAUAGAAUAUGUAAAGCUAACAGCAGAGAGAAGGUUGAAAAGCUUUACAUGUGGGGAGAGACAGGCAGUAUGAGAGCAAAACCUCUUCAUGGUCCAUUUGUUGCAGCGCUUCUGAGCGAUCUGUUCGGAAUCCAGGCUCGUGGAGGAUGCAGCUGUGCUGGUCCCUAUGGUCACAGACUGCUCAACAUUGAUGAAACAUGCUCGCAUGCCUACAGAUCUGCCAUAGCUAAGGGUUAUGCUGGAAUAAGACCUGGGUGGACAAGAGUAAGCUUUCCUUACUACCUGCCAAAUGAGGAGUUUGAGUUCAUUUUAAAAGCUCUAGAGUUUAUAGCAGAUUAUGGACAAAGAUUCCUUCCUCUGUAUGCCUUCAAUUUGAGAACUGGUAGCUGGACAAUGAAGAAAAAGGUGCUCGACGAUCUACUCGGGAAGGACAAUUACAGUAAUGGUCACAUCUUAGCAUUAGAAAAACAGUGUGUCAAUACAGAAGCUACGUUAGCAGACAUAGUAAGCAAGCAUAAAUCAUAUUUAGAAGCUGCCAAAAAAAUUUCCAAUCUCCUCCCCAAGUUCCCUCUUGAGAGAGAGCUUCACGAGGACAUUGAACUGUCUCUUUUAUACUUCAGAAUCUAGAAAAAUACCACAUUUUAGGUGCAUUGUAAUUCUUUGUUAGCAUGAUAUCCAACAAAUAAACAAUGCACUAGCGAAUUCUUUCUUCUAUAUUCAUUUGCUCACU